CUGCAGAAAACAGUGUUCUGCGUUUAAUGGGUAAAAUUACACAAUUUGCUUUUAACAGUAAACCCGAAGCCACGGUGGCUUCAUAUAGCAUCGCGCUCCCUAGGAUUCCCUCCAUGCAGCUCCACUCCCAGCGGUUUCCGAGCACUUUGGAGGCACGCAGUUGUCCCCAUUGCUCGCAGCGUAGCGAGCAGAGGCCGGGAGGGCGCCGGUGGGGACGCUGCCCUUUUCCUUGAAAGUUUUGCUUCUCUUCCUCCCGUGCCACCGGUUUCUGGGAUUGGGUGUCUCUCUGAUGUGCCCGGUGGAGGCCGGCGGGGCACCAAGUCGUCCUGAGUUACAGAUUUACCGUUAGGCUCCCGGGGGUCCCGCCCUUAAAGGUGGGUGCCAACUGCGCCAGGAGUCUCUGUGGCGGGGGCAGUCCCCGCGAGGUCUGGCUGGACGUCCCCAAGGCUCCACUUUUGCGUCCAAGCGUUCCGAGGAGCAGGCCGGAGGGCGGGCACGGGAGGCGCGUCCGGGGACGGCGCGGCUGCCCCCCGGUUCUGGCCCCGCGCUGCCCGCGCGCCCCGCCCGCUACAGGCGUGUCCGUCCAGCAGGGGGCGCGAGCGCUGGCCUCUCGCUCUGCCCAUCGGGGCGGGCGAGCCUGGGACCCUGCCUCCCUGCUUGCCCGCGGUCCGCCCCCCGCGCGCGUCCCGCCGGCCCGAGCCGAGCGGCGCAUCCGGGCCGAGAGAGGAAGAGGACCGCGAGUUCCUCGAAAGGGACCAACUCGCCGAGCGCCCAGGAAAAAGGGCAGCGGACGCGUGGCCGACAGGGGUGGUGGCGCCGGAUCCCCGCGCCCAGGCCCCUACGGCCCGCGGCAUGGCCCGGGGCUCGGCGCUGCGGUGGCUGUGCGUCCCGGCCGUCUGGGCGGUCGCCGCGCUCUUGCUCUGCGUGUCCAGGGCCUCAGGGCAAGUGGAAGUUCCUGACUCAAAUGACCCUUUGGGACAACUGGAUGGACAUGACAGCCCUGUUCCAACUCUGAAAGGGUACUUUCUGAAUUUUCUGGAGCCAGUUAACAAUAUCACCAUAGUCCAAGGCCAGACAGCGAUUCUGCACUGCAAGGUGGCUGGAAACCCGCCACCCAGUGUGCGGUGGCUGAAGAACGACGCCCCAGUGGUGCAGGAGCCGCGGCGCGUCAUCAUCCGCAAGACGGAAUACGGUUCCCGGCUGCGGAUCCAGGACCUGGACACGACGGACACCGGCUACUACCAGUGCGUGGCCACCAACGGGGUGAAGACCAUCACUGCCACCGGCGUCCUAUUCGUGCGACUCGGUCCAACACACAGCCCAAAUCAUAACUUUCAAGAUGACUACCAUGAGGAUGGAUUCUGCCAGCCUUACCGGGGAAUUGCCUGUGCGCGUUUCAUUGGGAACCGGACCAUUUACGUGGACUCUCUCCAGAUGCAGGGGGAGAUUGAAAACCGAAUCACAGCCGCCUUCACCAUGAUCGGCACCUCCACGCACCUAUCGGACCAGUGCUCCCAGUUCGCCAUCCCGUCCUUCUGCCACUUCGUGUUCCCGCUGUGCGACGCGCGCUCCCGGGCGCCCAAGCCGCGCGAACUGUGCCGGGACGAGUGCGAGGUGCUGGAGAGCGACCUGUGCCGCCAGGAGUACACGAUCGCGCGCUCCAACCCGCUCAUCCUCAUGCGGCUGCAGCUGCCCAAGUGCGAGGCGCUGCCCAUGCCCGAGAGCCCCGACGCCGCCAACUGCAUGCGCAUCGGCAUCCCAGCCGAGAGGCUGGGCCGCUACCAUCAGUGCUACAAUGGCUCAGGCACGGAUUACAGAGGGACGGCGAGCACCACCAAGUCGGGGCACCAGUGCCAGCCGUGGGCCCUGCAGCACCCCCACAGCCACCACCUGACAAGCACUGACUUCCCGGAGCUCGGAGGGGGGCAUGCCUACUGCCGGAACCCUGGAGGGCAGAUGGAAGGCCCCUGGUGCUUCACGCAGAAUAAAAACGUACGCAUGGAACUGUGUGACGUACCCUCUUGUAGUCCCCAGGACAGCAGCAGGAUGGGAAUUCUGUACAUCUUGGUUCCAAGCAUCGCCAUUCCCCUUGUCAUCGCGUGCCUUUUCUUCUUGGUCUGCAUGUGCCGGAAUAAACAGAAGGCUUCUGCCUCUACACCACAGCGGCGGCAGCUGAUGGCCUCGCCCAGCCAGGAUGUGGAAAUGCCUCUUAUCAACCAGCACAAGCAGGCCAAACUCAAGGAGAUCAGCUUGUCCACCGUGAGGUUCAUGGAGGAGCUUGGGGAGGGCCGGUUCGGGAAGGUCUACAAAGGCCAUCUGUUUGGCCCGGCGCCGGGUGAGCAGACCCAGGCCGUGGCCAUCAAGACGCUGAAGGACAAAGCGGAGGGUCCGCUCCGGGAGGAGUUCCGGCACGAGGCCCUGCUGCGGGCGCGGCUGCAGCACCCCAACAUCGUCUGCCUGCUGGGCGUGGUGACCAAGGACCAACCCCUGAGCAUGAUCUUCAGCUAUUGCCCACACGGUGACCUGCACGAGUUCCUGGUCAUGCGCUCGCCGCAUUCGGACGUGGGCAGCACGGACGACGACCGCACGGUGAAGUCCGCCCUGGAGCCCCCAGACUUCGUGCAUGUGGUGGCGCAGAUCGCCGCGGGCAUGGAGUACCUGUCCAGCCACCACGUGGUCCACAAAGACCUGGCCACCCGCAAUGUCCUGGUGUAUGACAAGCUGACCGUGAAGAUCUCGGACUUGGGGCUCUUCCGCGAAGUGUACUCGGCAGACUACUACAAGCUGACGGGCAGCGCGCUGCUCCCCAUCCGCUGGAUGUCCCCCGAGGCCAUCAUGUACGGCAAGUUUUCAGUGGACUCGGACAUCUGGUCCUACGGUGUGGUCCUGUGGGAGGUGUUCAUAGGCCUGCAGCCGUACUGUGGCCACUCCAACCAGGACGUGGUGGAGAUGGUCCGGAGCCGGCAGGUGCUGCCCUGCCCGGACGACUGCCCCGCCUGGGUGUAUGCGCUGAUGAUCGAGUGCUGGCACGAGUUCCCUAGCCGCCGGCCCCGCUUCAAGGACAUCCACAGCCGCCUGCGUGCCUGGGGCAACCUGUCCACCUACAACAGUUCGGCCCAGACCUCGGGCGCCAGCAACGCCACACAAACCAGCUCGCUGAGCACCAGCCCGGUCAGCAACGUCAGCAACGCCCGCUACGGGGGACCCAAGCAGAAGGCCCAGCCCUUCCCGCAGCCCCAGUUCAUCCCCAUGAAGGGCCAGAUCAGACCCAUGGUGCCCCCUCCCCAGCUCUACAUCCCGGUCAAUGGGUACCAGCCGGUGCCGGCCUAUGGGGCCUACCUGCCCAACUUUUACCCGGUCCAGAUCCCAAUGCAGAUGGCCCCGCAGCAGGUGCCCGCCCAGAUGGUCCCCAAGCCCGGCUCCCAUCACAGCGGCAGCGGCUCCACCAGCACGGGGUAUGUCACCACCGCACCUUCCAAUACGUCGGUGGCGGACAGGGCAGCCCUGCUCUCAGAGGGCACUGAGGAUGCGCAGAAUGUCCCGGAAGACGUGGCCCAGAGCCCGGUGCAGGAAGCGGAGGAGGAGGAGGAUGGCUCGGUCCCUGAGACCGAGCUGCUGGGAGACAACGACACUCUGCAGAUGGGCGAGGCUGAGGUCCAGCUGGAAGCCUGAGGGCCAUGGGGCCAUCGGGCACUGAGUGGACGGACACGAGCCUUGGGUGGAGGGCAGCCUCCCUGUGCCAAGUCCUCCUCUGCAGUCCUCUUGUGCACAGAGCCAUGCUGUGCCCACCUGUUUGGUUGGAGGGUCUUUUGGCCAAUGGCUUCUGACCAGGUGAGGGUAGUAACCCAGCAGGACACGUGGUGACUCCCCGUGCCACCUACAUUUCCCUGGAGGUCGACAUCAGUGAGCAGUGCUUGUGCUUUGAAGGAAAUUAGGUAACAUCUUCUCUCCGUAUUUGGAUUGAGUAUGUCCAAACAUUGGGAAAAAGCGGCCUGCGACAAGUUGGGACCUUGGGAUUUGUGAUGCCCAGUGGCUGGGCUGCAGGCUGAGGAUGGAGGAGGCUGCUUUUCUCUCUGCUGCCCCUCACCUGCCAGUAACAGUCUCCCCUCACCCACCAAAGAUGAAUGGGAACAAGAAGUGGCCACCUGUCAGGGUCUGAUGAGGAAGGGGCUCCUGGAAUGGGAGUUCUGUAUUGAAACGUUAUGUGCCUUAAAAGAAACCCACAUGAUUUUGUAUUCUUGUGAAAUAAUUUUUUAAUUAUCCUGCAUGUGUAUUUUGCCCAGUUUUCUGGAAUUCAAGGGAAAAUGUUUUGGGGCCUUGGAAUGUUACAAAGGAGGCAACAUUGUACAGAGCACAUUAUUGUUAUUAUUUUUUUUUUAGAAUCCUGUACAGACCUUAAAUGUAAUUUAUAUGGUUUUUGUAUGCCGUUUUCAUUGAAGUAUUUUGAGCUUAAAAUAAUGACUUCGUAAUUUAACUGUUUACGUUACCCACGUUGGGAUACCACCUGAUUGUAUUCUGGUUUGCUUGUGUUUGUAUAUGUAAGCGAGGUCCGUUCAUUUCAGAGCUCCUGUGACAGAAGGCCCACAAGUACAUUGCAUCUGACACACGGGAUAGAGUUCACUUGUAACUCCCACACCUGGUGUACCCAAUAAAACGAAAGAGAAGGUUCA